AGUACAUUUCCUCGGAAGAGCCAAUUGUUGUGUAAACAGCUAUUUGCGGUUAGGUUCAAAUAACUUCAGGGUUGCACUUUCCUAGCCGACAGUUGGAGAGGGAAUCCAUUGUGUUUUUUUAUGUUUGAUAGUUAGGCUACUGUAUAGCCUAUUUAAGGACGGUUUGGGGGGAGGAUGCCGCGACGAACACUGUAUGAAAACCGUCAGAUAGGACUUGACUUUAUUGAGUUCCUGGGCGAAAGUAAUAGGCGGUCUGUUAAAUUCACUAAACAAGAACUCAAAGAUAUCUACAACAACGAGUUCCGGGACAGGGAUGCCAAGGACUCAAAUUUUUCAAAUGUCUUGUUUGCACUUUGCCAUGCGAAUAAAGCGCGUAUUAUCCGUGGGCGUGUGCACAUCGAUCCUAGGGUGAGACUGCUGGACCAGUGGAGACAGCCCCGCAAUCCUCCCGCCCCCCCGCCACCAUUAGCCAAUGGCGCGGCAGCGCCAGCGGGGGUGUCUGAGCCAGAGUCUGCCGUCAAGGCCCGGAGACAAAUGGCCGCGAGUAUCUACUCCAGAAUCAACAGGGACAGGUCGGAGUUCAUCGCUGACCGGGGGGGCGUGCGGAUCUCCUCUGGCCAUCAGCAGGGUGAGGGGCGGAUCUGUGUGAGUGUGCAGAGCGCGGCGGAGUGUGAGGUCCAGCUGUGUGUGGAGAACACGGGCGACGGAGCCGUCCUCUUCACCUACUACUCCCUACUGCACUGGGUGGUCUGCUUCAGCCUGGAGGACGAGCAGAAGGUCACCCGCGCCCGACCUCUGCACCUGCCGCCAGGAGAGCAGUAUGGCGUGACUCUGCGGUUCUGCAGAACUGACCCGAGGUCUUGUUCCAUUCCUCAGGAGAGCCGUGACUCUCUGCGGUUCGGGCUAGCACGAGAGCAGUAUGGCGUGACUCUGGCGGUUCUGCAGAACUGA